UUUUUUAAUUAUUCCGCUCGGCUGUGGCUUGGCCUGAGGUGGUUUUCUUUUCGCCUCCCCCCCUUCUUCUUCUCCCGAGGCCUUCCCGCCAUUUUGUCUGAGGUAAAACCGGGGACGGUUGGCGGCGUCGACGGAGAAAAGAAAGAAAGAAACCUCUCUCGCCCUUCGUUUCAUGCGGGAAGAAAGCCGAGGCGGGCUUUCUCCGAAGCGGCGGUUGUUGUUUGCGGAUGGCGACCGCUGAGGCGAGCCAAGGCCCGGAGGGGCCCGGCGGAGAGGAGGCGGCCGGAGCUACGGCGGGAGAAGGAGAGGCGACGGCGGGGGCCCCUGUUCUGCCUUCUCCGUCCUCGCCUUCCCUCAGCGGGGCCGGGGCGGCGGCGCCUUCUCUCCUCCCUCCUCCUCCUCCGGGGUCGUCGUCCUCGUCGCCGUCCACCCGGCGCCUGGCCGACCUGAGGGUGAUCGACCUGCGGGCCGAGCUGAAGCGCCGCAACCUGGACUCCGGCGGCAACAAGAGCGUCCUGCUCGAGCGCCUCCGCACCGCAAUUGAAGAAGAAGGUGGGAACCCCGAUGAAGUCCCAGUGGCUUCAGAGAGUGCCAGCAAAAAAACGCCCAAAAGGACUGUGAAAGGUACAAAACGGCUACCAAGUCGAACUUGCUUUUUUGUUGCGGGGCGAAAGCCGGAAGAUGAAAGUGGCGACGACAAUUGUUUGGAGGAGAAUUCGAGAGAUGGGCAGGAGGACACCGAAGCCAGUUCCGAGAACCUGCAGGACAUUGACAUGAUGGACAUCAGCGUUUUGGACGAAGCAGAAAUAGACAACUCCAGCGCGGUGGACGGUGGGGAGGAUUUCGGCUCCGAAAAUGUCCUCGAUUCAGACAAAGACAACAUUGACGUGGAGAUGAAGGAGCUCCCAGACCAGCUCAUGGAGAGCGAGGAGAACGCUGAUGAACUCGAGGAUCAGCUAGAAGCUGCUUCUCCGGGUUUAGCUGCAGUGAAGGACUUGGAAGAGCAGUGUUCAGAUGCAGAAAAUGAGAAAAUACUCGACAAUUUGGGUGACACUUGUAAAUCUGAGCCCCUUAAAGAGGAAGAGGAAGAAGAGGAAGACGCAGAAGAGCCCUCCGAAGUGGAGCAGGCGCAGGAAGCGACCAGCCAGUGGCCCGGCAAGCUGGCGGAAGAGGAAGAGGCGCUCGGCCCCGCUGCUCAGCCGGACGAAGAGCUGUUAGACUCGGAGAGCCGUGCGGGCCGGGCCGCGGCCAAGAAGGAGGAAGAGGAAGGCGAAAACUUAGGGGUAGCGAAAGGGAAGCCGAGCGAACAGAGAGUUGAGGAAACCGAGCUGGACUCUGACUCUUUAGCGGUAGAGAGCAGGAGUGGUGGUGGAGGAGGAGGUGAGAGUAGCGGAGGCGCGCAAGCGGAGGAAGCCAGUAGUGAGGCAGCCGCAGAGACGGACGCAGGUCCCCAGGCGGCUAGCCCAGAAGCCGAGAAGAUGGAAGCCAAGGCUAAUGGUGAGGAAGAGUCCUCCGCCACUAGAGAGCCCUCUGCCCCAGAAGGGGGUGAUCAGAACACGAGUUCUGAGGAGGCCCAAGAUGCAAAACUGGCUUCAAAAGAGGAGAAAGGUCACGGCGGCAGCAGCAGUUCCGGCCGGAACUUCUGGGUCAGCGGCCUUUCUUCCACCACCCGCGCGACAGACUUGAAGACCCUCUUCAGCAAAUAUGGAAAAGUGGUUGGUGCCAAAGUAGUGACCAACGCUCGAAGUCCGGGUUCUCGGUGUUACGGUUUUGUAACGAUGUCCACAGCUGAAGAAGCCACAAAAUGCAUUACCCACUGCCAUAAAACAGAGUUGCAUGGCAAAAUAAUUUCUCUCGAAAGGGCAAAAAAUGAACCAGCUACAAAGAAACUUUUGGAUAAAAAGGAGAGUGAUGUGAAGAAUGAAGGAUCAGCCAGUGAAAGGUCUACCAGUAUUAAAAAGCACGAGAAGGGCGACCAAAAAGACGAUGCUAAGAAAGCUGACGAAAAAGAUGAAAAGGGGAAGGAGGAGUCGAGAUCUGGAUCGGCUUCAAAAUCGGGGAGCAAAGGAACAGAAAGGACUGUGAUCAUGGAUAAAUCUAAAGGCGAGCCCGUUAUCAGCGUAAAGACAACCAGUCGAUCAAAAGAGAGAAGCACUAAGAGCCAGGAUCGCAAAUCGGAGAGCCGAGAGAAGAGCAGAGAAAGGCAGGGGUCGGAGCCCUUCGGCAAAUCCCGAGGCAGGCAUGAGGAGGAAGACCGACAUCGCCGCUACCGCUGGGAAAAGCAGAAGCUCUUGGAAGCCAUCAAAGAGCAAGAGGAAAGGGAGCGGCUGGAGAUUGCCCGGGAGAAGCUGCAGUUCGAACGGACCCGGCUGGAGCGGGAACGCCUGGAGCGGGAGCGCCUGGAGCGGGAACGCAUGCGCAUUGAGCACGAGAGGUGGCGGGAGCAGGAGCGCAUCCAGAGCGAGAGGGAGGAGCUGCGGCGCCAGCACGAGCAACUGCGCUACGAGCAGGCGCGCCGCUCCACCCUGCGGCGGCCCUACGACAUGGAUGGGAGGAGAGAUGAUCCCUACUGGCUAGAAGCAAAGCGGAUGGCGAUGGACGACCGUCACCGCUCCGAUUUCAGCCGCCAGGAUCGGUUCCGUAGCUUUGACCACAGGGAUCGGGGCCGCUUCCAUGACCACAAUCUGGACAGGAGAGAAAGUUCACGCAGCAUGAUGGCGGAUAGAGACACACAGCACUAUACAGACUAUCGGCACCGGGGACCAGAUCGUGACUCGCGGGACAGCUGGAGCAGCUACAGUUCUGACAGGCGCAUGAACGAGGGGCGGGGAAUCCCUCCACAGUCCCGAGAUGGCCGUGACUGGGGGGAUCACUCUCGGAAAUACGAUCCAGAUCGCUCCUGGCAGAGCAAUGACGAUGGGGGAACCAUGGGACGGGAUCACGACCGGUGGCGAGGUGGGAGCCGAGGAAGGCGCGGCCACAUGAUGCGAGGGGGCAUGUCUGGCCGGGGAGGGUUCGUGUCGGGCGGCCCGCAAGCCUCGCAUGGAGGGGAGGCCCGAGGAGAAGACUUUGCAGGACAAGACAGGGGGAGCCGGCCGAGCGAUCCUCGAUUCAACCGUCACUACUGAAUGUUUUAUUGUGUUCUCUUUCCUUUCCCUUUUUUUUGAACUGUACAAAUGGUGAGACGAGAAGAAAAGCAAAACACGCAAACCCCCCUACGCACACACACACACUACUGCUCUGUGUAUCACUGACUGUGACUUCUAAGUUAACCUUCAUUGUUUUACUUCGUAGCCCAACAUGUGAAGCCAUCUGGGGUUUUUUUGUAACGUGUUCCUGUCUGUGAUGUUUCUCUCCACCCCGACUCCCAACUCCAUGUGCAUUCCCCCCACCUCACCCUCCACCAACUUAAAAAUAAAAGCGUAUUUCUUUUAUGAGGCAUUCCAUUUUCUAUAAAUAAACAGUUUACAACUA